UGGAAGAUAUUGCUGUGCCCUUGCAAGUUUUCAGAAUGUCUUUAACCGAUGCGAGUGGAAGGAGUAUUUGAUGGAUGGUUGUGAUCUGCAUGAUUGUUUCAAGUGGAUGAUGAUAGAUGGCGGCAAUACCAUCAACCAACAAAAUGUUCGGGCCUAGAUUUUCUUCAAAAGACUUCUAUUUAGAGCGAAUGACGGUGAUAGAAAUGCUGUUGAGAAAAGGUGUUUGUGACAGCAUAUAUUAGAAUAUCAAUCUCCUUGUAAGCAACCUUCCAAAUUUGUUCCUGUUUCUAUUGCCAAAACAAGAUGUUCCUGCUUCUCAUUUGCUGAUCUCGUACAAUUUUGGCGAGGAAUGUAGUAGCAUAAAGUUUAUGUAAUUUAUUUGUGAUAUAGGUGUUCUUUCCCCUUCCCGAAUGCGUCAUGUCGCAUUGUUGAACCAUAAACGUUUUGCUUUGCAAGUCGAUCAUCCUGGCAUCAGAAUAGAAAUUCCACUUCAAAUAUUUGAGUUAAUGAGUAGGGGUCUCCAAGUGGGUCUUCUCUUGUUUGAAUCCCUUUAAAUUCUCUCUCUAUGAACCAUUUUCCCUUUUCUGAAGCUUAAGUACGACAUCGAGCCAGGACUCCCUUCACUCGACGUCUUUUCUGCUAUGUGGUCUUUUGAGGGGAGGAUCAUAUUCUAUGCUACACCUGUCUAUUAGGAGGUCCGUAUUGGCGUAUUAAAUGGUGAAGAAAGCCACCUUGUUGCGUGACUUGUUUGGCUAUUGACUCGCCCUUCGGCUACACCCACGGAGAGGACAAGGCUUUCGUCAAAGUGUCGAGCUCUAGUCCAUCUUGAGAACUUGCGUGGGGUCACGGCCAUUAGCUGGAUUCGUGAACCGAACUAAUGGUUCAACCUUGCUCCCUUUUCUAGCCCAUUCUAAGGGAUGGUAUUGGAAACCCGAACAAGGGUCUUGGUCACCAUGCAAAUGCUCUUUAAGCGUGGGACUCACGGUCUGGUCUUUUAGACAAAAUUAUUGCCCAUUCUCUAUCCGCGAUGAUCGCAAGUGGGCGGGUCAAAUUGAGACUGGGUCUAACACGAGGGACGGGAAUUGUGGACUCGACCUUUUUAGCUCGUGAGUUGGGCACGAGACAUGACUCAUGAGAGUCACGGUCUUUCUGUUUUUUAUGAUGCAUGCCGAUGUUUGGGCUUCCCUCUUACCACCAUGGCGAUCGUAAGUGGGUCAGGAUGGUUUGGCUCUAGAUUUAGCACGAGGCGUGUGAUUCAUGGUCUUUCGGACGAAUGCAUGCAUUACAUAGUAAAGCAUUACAUGCCACGGGGUCCACCAGGUCUUCGUCCAACACAUAAUAAAACGGGGAAUGGGAGUAAACGCCGCCCCCCCAACCCUUCAACGGCAUCCCCAAGAGCCAACCCGCUUCACCUUUGAAACGAUGGAAGGAAGAAAGGAAGAAGAGAACUCCAUGUUUGAGACGAGCCAUGUGCUGGGGGCUGUCUUGGCAUCCUCCCUUCCGCUCACCCAAGCCUGGAGUCAGUGCAUGCGUGCCAACGCCGGCGGCUCGAGCUUUACGCUCGAGCGGUGCGAUGACGCGGUCUACGUCGCGUUCUCCGGUGUGCAGACCGGGGUGCCGGUGACCCAUAGCCUGGUCCCGAUCGGCGGGGGCGGGCAUGGGCUCUUCUCGCCGUUGGUGGGUGGCGAGGGGAAUGGUGGCGAGCCGGUGCUCGUCCACGCCGCCAUCCUUCAUUUCUUUCUUGCUCUGUUUCACACCAAUGAAUUCCAGAUGCUGGCAAGAGAGAUCAAAAACAAGGCAGCUAUAUUCACAGGCCACUCCAUCGGAGGCACCCUCGCUUCUCUCGCUGCCCUUCACUUCCUUUGCUCAUCAUCCAGCUCUACUUAUCCAUCACCUUCUACUCUUCUCUGCAUCACAUUCGGAAGUCCGUUGCUCGGAAAUGAAGCUCUAUCUCGAGCUGUUCAGAGGGAGAGAUGGUGUGGUAACUUCUGCCAUGUCGUUACUCGGCGCGACGUUGUACCGAGGCUCCUCUUUUGCCCACUCAACCUGCUCCCUCCUCAGUUAGUGACCCAUUUACUGCAGCCAUGGCAACUCCUGCUGCAGCGUCCUCAGGUUGCAAGGCCUGCAUCAGUGUUGUCCGAUCAAGAGGAGGCACACUUGCACAUACUUAUCUCAAGGCACAUCGAUGCAGCAGCAGCAGCAGCAGUCGAGCAAGAGAUAUCUGAUGCAGCUCAGCGAAGGAGCUCAUAUUGGCCAUUCGGGAACUAUGCGUUGUGCUCGGGGGAAGGGGUUGUCUGCUUCGAUGAUCCACUCCUCGUGGUACGAAUGCUCUACUCCACAUUCAUCACAGGGUCCGCAAGCUCUAGCAUUGAGGAGGAGCAUCUCUCGUAUGGCGAUGUUCUCGUGAAAAUACUCGAAAACCUGCUGCUAAAGAAGAGAAUUGCCAUUGAAGAGGCGCCGGAGUCUAGUUUUUGUGCAGGAAUUUCGCUGGCACUCGAGGCAUCUGGGAUCGGAAUCCAGGACAUGGGAGCUACGAAGGAGGCACGUGAAUGCUUGAAGAUGUCGAAGAGAAUGGGACGCAAUCCGAAUUUGAACAGCGCCGGUCUAGCAAUGAAGCUGGCCAAGAUAACGCCAUGGCGUGCCCAGAUUGAAUGGUACAAGGCCUCCUGCGAUGACGACAUGGGCUACUACGACUCCUUCAAGCUCAGGAAGGCCCCCAAGAAAGACUCCAGGACGAACAUGAAUCGCCAUCGGCUAGCCCAGUUCUGGGACGAUCUCAUCGACAUGCUCCAAAGCAAUCAACUGCCUCAUGACUUCAACAGGCGAGGCAAGUGGGUCAACGCAGCUCACUUCUACAGGCUCCUCGUCGAACCAUUAGACAUCGCGGAGUACUACAGGGUCCAGAAGCACAAGAAGAAUGGCCACUACUUGAUUCAUGGGAGGGAGAGGAGGCAUCAAGUCUUCGAAGGGUGGUGGAGAGACAGGAAGAAAGAUUCUCGCGAGGGAGAUAAUGCCAAGAGGAGCAAGUUCGCAGGAUUGACGCAGGACUCGUGCUUCUGGGCGAAGGUCGAGAUGGCGAAAGAAUGGCUGGAGGACGCUGGGACUGAGAGCGACCCUGCAAAACUGCCACAACUUUUGGAGAGCUUGAAAGGAUUCGAGUGUUACGCGAAGCAAAUGGUCGAAAGGAAAGAGGUCUCCAUAGACGUGCUGGCUCCACGUUCGAGUUACACUCUCUGGGUGGAAGAAUGGAAAGUUCUGCAGUUGAACUUAGGUUUGCCAAUGGCGCCUUGAUUUCUCCCUUGAUAUAUACUUCUUUCUCCUCCUCCUAAAUGUCAACCUCGGAUCUAUUACUGAUUUCCAUGUACAGUUGCAGUUCUAGAUAAUGUAACAAAAUAAUGUUAUGUAAAUCUCUUGAAUUAUAUUUGCCGGUGCUGCAAAGAUGAUGAUGGGCUCACCGGUUAAGGCU